AUGGAUUUCGAAGAAAUUGUCGAGGUUCUCGAUCGCGGUAAAUCCGAGGAUGUACAAACGAGCAGCUCUUUUGAUUCUUUGAUGAUUUCUUCUCUCACCUUGGACAAGUUACGCAAUCAUGGAUAUAUUAGACCUUCCCCUGUCCAAGAAAAAGCUAUUCCGAUAGGCCUGAUUGGCAGAGGUUUUUUUUUCAAUUGCUUGGUUCCAAAACGGAUACUUCUUGCAGAUAUGCUAGUGCAGGCAAAGUCUGGAACAGGAAAGACACUUGUCUUCACUGUUCUCGCUGUGGAAAACGUGGAUGUUUCGAAACGUUUUGUUCAGAAGCUAAUCGUCUCCCCAACUCGGGAAAUAGCGCUCCAAAUUCGAGACACGAUUUAUAAGCUCGCUCCUCCAAAGACAAGAACAGCGUAUCUAAAAUAGAAAUAUAAGAAAAAAUGAUAACCUAAUUACAGGUUAUGCGUCGGUGGGAUCUCAUUAAAUUCCGAUAUAGAGGAAUUGAAAAAAAGUAAUUUUUUAUGAUUUUGAUUGCAAUUUUAGAUGGAGAUUUUCAGAUCCACACAUAAUUGUUGGCACAACAGGAAGAAUAUGUCAAUUGGUUUCGAAGAAAUGUCUGAACCUGUCCUUUGUGGACUUCUUUGCUCUCGAUGAAGCCGACAAACUAAUGGAAGAUUGCUUUCAAGAAGAUAUCAAGUAAUGAAGAUGUAUUUAAACUCAUAAUUUUUAAUUACAGCUACAUAAUAUCUUGUCUUCCUCAAAAAAGACAGGUCGUUGUGUUUUCGGCAACGUAUCCGCGAGGUUUGGACGCGACUCUGUCGAAACUGAUGCGACAGGCGGCUUUGGUUCGUUUCAAUGCAGGUUUUCUAAAUUUCACUUUUCAGCAACUUUAAUUUUCUCAGGUUCGAAAGAUUUAUAACAAUGCUCAAUAUUUUCCAGACGAUGUUCAGCUUAUCGGCAUCAAGCAAUACGUCAUUAAAAAUUGCACUCCAGUAUUGGAAGUUUUGGUUUGGCUUCUGAAAUCUGUUCAAUACAGUCAGGCUCUCGUCUUCUGCCAGUCUGCUGAAAAGUUUCUCUUCUUCCCUUCUCAAGAGUUUAUCGAUUGGUUUUUAGAUGCGAACCUACAAAUAAGAGGCUUCUGGACGAAGGCCUAUCGACGACUUUCAUUUCGGGCCAAAUGUCGCAACGCGACCGCGACGCGGCCAUCACUCAGCUUCGGAAAUACAAAGUCAAGAUCCUUGUCUCCAGCGAUUUGGUGAGGAUAUCGAGUAGUCUAAAAAUAUUUUGUGUUUAUUUCAAGACUGCUCGUGGGAUCGACGCUGACCGGGUCAAUCUAGUGAUAAACAUUGAUGUGGCCAUCAAUCCUGAAACCUACUUUCACAGAAUCGGCCGUGCCGCUAGAUACGGUAACAGAUUUUCAGACUAUCAACUUAUUCAUUACUAAAUAAUUUUUUCAAUGUUUCAAAGUUUAGUUAGAGAAAAUAAUCCUCUACCAAACUGAAAGAUUUGUAGGUGGGCAAGGAGCCGCUGUGACUCUACUAGAAGACGAAAAAAGCCUCAAAUGCUUCCACGCCAUGGCAACGAAGGGAAACAUCAAGGCCAAACUGAUCGACAGACACGAAAUUCCUCAUAACAUCACCAGUAACCAGGAAAUCUGGAGUUCUUGUCCCUUCUUCUUAUCAGUGAGAUUGAACAUGGUUUCUUGAUGAACCAGCAUUUUUUCAGACUAUCAGAGAAACUAAAACCGAUCGAGACAUUGAAAAAGUGCCUUCGCGCGGAGUCGCCGCUGAGAAAUUGCGAGUGGAACGUGGAGAAGUCGCCGAUUUCAGCUAUUCUCGCGACGAAAUGCUCGGCUUCCGUUUCUCGGAACUCCAGCCUUCUGACCAGAUCCUUGAGUUGAUUGAGAAGCUUGAGGUGGGUGGCUCUGCAGCAUGGAUCAUAUUCGAAGGAACCGUUUCAUCUGUUUUGAAAAAUUCAUUUCACUUAAAGGGAGUUGAAGAGAGAAAACAUUUUUGAUUAUGAGGAUCAGUAUAUCUCUUGCUUUUUCAUCUUCGAUCCUGUAGUUUUUUUAAAUAAAAAAAGUUAAAUUUACACAUAUUUUUUUGCAACUAUACUGAAUUUUUUUCAAUUUGUGAACAAAAAAAUCCAUGAAAAAAAAAUACAAAGUCCGUCUUUUGUUCGUUAAUAAAGCUAUGAAUUUGUUAGUUUGAGAAAAUGUAAAAAAAAGCGCAGCUUUAAAAAAGGACGACAAAAACAUUUUUUAUCCGUUUUUUGAACAUUUUUUUGCUGUGCUUUUUAAUAGAUAGCAAACAAUUGAUACGCAAUUCAACUUUUCAAUCACACAGCUAUUUUUCAGUUGAAAGCCAAAGAUGUGCUGACGAAAAAGUCGUAUACUGCGCAGCUUCAAGAGCUCAAGGUUAUCAUGCAGGCGGAAAAACUGAACAAAAAACCACAAGAAAGUGUUUUGACGCCGAAAAAUGGAGAAAAACAAAAGUUUAAGUGAGUUUCCUGGGGUUAUUUCUUACAAGAAGAUCAUUUUUAGAUUCGUUCCAACGAGAGCAAAGGCCAAAAAGAAGUUUUAUAUGCGCGGCGAGCUUUUUUCGAUUCGGGAUGCCGUGGAUCAAGAACAGUGGCUGGCGUAUGCGAAACAAAAGUCGGCUGAUUCGAAUUUUCAAAUAAUGACGAUGUUUUUAGAUUCAAUCUUGAAGAAGAUCCAUUCAUCCUACCUUCAAAAGCAAAAGAAAUAAUUCCUGUCCGAAAAAGCCCCACUCCUCCCAAAACGUAUGUUAGGGCAAAGUACUUUUCGCAUCUUUCUGUUUUUCAAGGAGCGUGGCACGUAAAGAGAGUUUGUCUCCUGAAGCAGAAGUUGUGGGAGUUUCGAAGAUCCUCGAAAAGACCAAUAUCACCAAGUACAACAGGAAAACAAUGAUUCAGCUGCAAAUGGCGGUUCCCAAGAAGGUAAAGUAGAGUUAAAUCUCAUAUUGACUGAUAAAUGGCUCAGUCAUGGAUUCCAUACAUCAAAUCGAAGUGGAAGACGGACGAAGAGCCUUGGGAACUCGAUCCGCAGAUGAGAUGUUCGUUUGAAGAACGUCUGAGACGAGUUCGAGCCAGGGAGAAGCUCCAGAGACAACAGGUCCAUCUCCAAAGACGUCAAGUUGUACCUUUUGCUGAUAGGUGAUGCGAGACCGGAAGAAGGCUCUCGAAGAAAAACCAAAACUCGUCUCUUUUGGCCGCACGCCAGUCAUAACGGAGGUUCUUUUGUUUGCAAAUUCAAAAUUUUCUCGGAAAAAAAUUGUUUGAUAACCGUGAGUCAUCCUUCAACAGUUCCUUUCCGGAUUUUUUAUAACGGCUUAAUUUAAUCAAUCAUCCUUUUACUUUUUGGAAAAUAUUUUUGAGAGUAGUUCAAGGUAAAUUUUAAGAAAAAUCGAAGAAGAAUUUCUAAACGAAAAAUUAAUGAGAUGUUCGCCGCUUUUUUGUGAAAAUGUUUGAAAAAAGAGAAUAAUACAUGGUAAAAUUAGCUUUUUUAAAACAGAAAGCUUACAAUGACUUCUAAAAAAAAGCAAAGAACCUAAGUUCAAGCGUUGGUGAAAUGUCGAACAAAAAUAUUAAAAUAUAAGUAUUUUAUAAUAAUUUCCUCAGAUGACGGCAACUUCUUAUGAAGAGUACGUGAAGCAGAUGAAGGAAGGCGUGAGAGAAUUGAAAGAAGCAGCAGAAAGAGGAGAAAAAACGAACAUCGGUCCUGUGGUAGGAAAACGACAAACUUUCGUGUCUCACUGAAUAUUUUGAGGUUCCGAUGCGCGAUCCUCCGGAAAUUUGGGAGUACCGUGUAGCCCAUUACUCCAAAAAGUUGAGACAAUUCGAGAAGGAGUUCGAAGACGACGUCAGAAGAUCUAUGGGGAGAAGAGCCGACGUCUCCGUCCAGACAGAAGUCGAAAAAGAAGAAGAAAAAGAGGAACCUACGACCGCGAACGUCUGCUUUUCUGCUGAAGAGGUAGAAAAAGAAGCAAAGGACCCCUUCAGUCUGAAUUCUCUUCUCGAUGAAUUAGCCGACGUUGGCAUCAACCUAAACACGAACUUGAGCCAAUGCGUCGAGAAUCUGAAGAACGUCGUCGAAGAUUCUCUGCCAAACGGGAAAAUGGAAGACGCCGCCAGUCCAUCAGAACUAGAAGAUGGAGAUGAUCCUGAAUACUACUGUGACGAUGACGACGACGAAGAAGAAGCUUCAGAAGAAGAGGAAGACGUACAAAAUGCUUCUCCCAAUUCGGAUAUGGACAAAUGGAAGGAUUUUGCUGAAAAUUAUCGCGCGAAUGUCGAUUUUAGUGUUGUUUUUUCUUCUUAUCUAGGACUAAUGAAAGAUUCCAUGUCUCAAUUGUAAUCGUGUCAAUUUAUCUGGUUAUGUCACUAACGGGUUUUCUUUCGUUUACACUUUGUUAAUAACUUUUUUUUUUGAUUCUGUUGAAUAAAGUUCUCGCCUUUUUUCGGUAUUUAUCUUGAUUAUUUUCAAAGGUUUUUCCUUGUCAGUAUCUCAACGAUGUCGCUUUUUCCCGCUAGGGCUUAAUCUAUUCGAUUUUCCAGACCGCGAAAUGCCUGCUGCAAACAACAAAAAAGGAAAGAAGGGCGGUGCCGCUGUGAAACCGGGUAAAAAUCGAAAUGUUGAGUUUUGAGAUUAGUAGUGAUGUUUUUAGUGGCCGACGAUGAUUUCGACGCGAUUCUCGCUGAAUUGGCUAUCCAGGAUCAGAAAACUGCGGCAAAAAGCGAUGGAAAGAAAAAGAAUGCCAAGAAAGGUAGUUUCGCAAAAAAUGCAGUCAGAAAUAGUCAGAAAUAUGCAGGAGGAAAGUCAGAAGAGACUGAAGAAGCCAAGGAAAACGGAGGCGCAAGAGAGCCGACGGUCGACUGGAAGGCCGAAAUCGCGGCGAUGAAACCGAUCGAUGAACAGUUCCCCAACGGCGACUUCCCACACAGCAAAGAUGAAUCUACCUAUUAUCUUCCAGGUGACUUUCAGAUAAAAAAAAACAAGAUAAUGAUAAUGUAGAAGCAAGAAAAUUUAUAACUAACUGUAAUGGUGAAUAAGUAAAAUUAUAAAUCUAGAAACUUUCGAUAUUUGGCAGAAAGCCUCCAUGGUUUUAAUGACAUCAAGUUGUAACUCAGGCGCCGAGAAAAGUGGUUAUAAGCUCACAUCUAUUUGUUUUUUUCUUGUGCUGCAAAGGUAUUCUACAGGAAAGGACGGCCGCGUCGCUUCGGACCGCGAAAGCAACGAGGAAAAGAAGGCGUUGAAUGCGAGUUACGAAGAGAUGUACAUGGUAUGCGGCGUGAAGAUUUUAGUUUUCUGAAUUUUUUUGUUUUUCAGGACUAUCGCAGAGCUGCCGAAGCUCAUCGUCAGGUCCGAUCCUACGUCAAAACUUGGAUGAAGCCUGGAAUGACCAUGAUCGAUAUUUGGUUCGUCUCUCCUUCUUUUCAUUUUUCUAUUUCGAAGCAUUUAUCUUCAUCCUGGAAGUUUUUCGAGGCAAUGUAAAAUUUGAGAGGAAGAUACCACAAAAGUUUCAAGAGAAAAAAUACUUUUUCGUUUUUCAACCAAACCCAGAAUUCACAAAAAAAAUUGAGAAAAUCGUUUCAAACACAAACCGAAAUAUUGGUUGAAAAUCAGGCGGAGUAUUGAGAUACGUGAUUAACUUGGGUAUUUUUCUUACCUUUUUGCCCAUUUGAAACCAAAAAGCAUACAUUUACUUUCAAAACAAUUCAAUUGUUUUUGUCGGUGAAACGUUUGUGAUUGCAGCGAACGUCUGGAAGCGACUUCUCGCCACCUGAUCAAGGAAAAUGGCCUCGAGGCGGGAUUGGCCUUCCCCACAGGCUGUUCUCUGAACAACGUCGCCGCUCACUACACUCCGAACGCCGGCGACCCCACAGUCCUGCAGUACGGCGACGUCUGCAAAGUGGAUAAUCAAAAUAGACAGUUUGAUAAGCUGCCUCUUGCAGAUCGACUACGGAAUUCACGUGCGCGGAAGACUCAUCGACAGCGCCUUCACCGUCCAUUUCGACCCCAAGUACGACGGUCUCGUCAACGCCGUCAAGGAAGCCACGAAUGCCGGAAUCCGCGAGGCCGGCAUCGACGUCCGUCUCUGCGACAUCGGAGAAACUAUUGAAGAGGUCCUUUUGAUGAAAAUCCUGGAAACUGUUCGAAAUUCUUUUCAACUGGCAGAAAGUUUCUAUGGAAAAGCUCUCUGCCGCGAUAUUUUUUCAUUUAAUCGAAGUUUUUAAAUAGGUAAAGCGAAGUUAUUUUCUUGAAAUCAUUUGAAAUCAUCAUUUUUCUACUACCUUGAAUUCUUUUUUCUUGCUACUAAUUUUUCUUUUGUUUCCUUUCGAGCUUGAAUAUUAACUACAACACAAGAAAUUCGAUCAAAAAGGGCUUUCUAUUAAUUUUUAGGUAUAAAGUAGUUUUCUAAUUUUUAUGUGAUAAGCUGACUAUGAUUAGGAUAGAAAUUCGAUCAAAAAGGGUUUUCUAUUUAUUUUUUCGACAAGUUUUCAUAUAGUUGAAAUGUUGAAGGUGAUGACUUCUCACGAAGUGGAACUCGACGGCAAAACAUACACUGUGAAGCCGAUUCGCAACCUCAACGGCCAUUCUAUCGGACAGUAUCGGUAAUUUUACGUUUUUCACUUGCUUUAUUUUUCACAUUCACAGUUUUAUACAUUUCAUCUGGUUUCUGAAAUUGACUUUCUCCGUUCAAAACGAUUUUUUUUUUCAAAGGUUGAACAAAAAUGGGAUUAAAUAUGAGAAGAUAUAAGUUUUAAGGUUCUUGUAAGGCUGUGCUUGGAAUUGUAUCGAUUCUUCGAGAAGAAUCAAAUUGAAUGUCUUUCUAGAAUCCACGCUGGUAAAACAGUACCAAUUGUGAAAGGAGGGGAACAAACGAAAAUGGAAGAAAAUGAGAUCUACGCGAUCGAAACUUUCGGAUCAACUGGAAAAGGAUACGUGCACGACGACAUGGAGUGCUCCCAUUACAUGAAGAACUUUGAACUGGCCGACGAGAAAAUUCCCCUGAGGUUUUUGUGGCUAAGCUUGCCAAGUUACUCAUUGUUCUUGUCUCAGAUUGGCUCGAUCCAAGGGACUUUUGAACCUCAUCGAUAAGAACUUCGGCACUUUGGCCUUCUGUCGGCGGUGGAUCGACCGAACCGGAGAAACCAAAUAUCUCAUGGCUCUCAAGGAUCUGUGUGACAAGGUUUCUCUUUUUUCUAAAUUUUUUCUGUGUCAUGCUCUAGUUUUCAGAAAAACAUUUUAGCUUCUUUUCUCAUUAAUCAAAAGCUGAAAAUUGUGCUUUCUUGUUAGAUUUUGAAAAAAAAAACGAUGUUAUCCCAUUUAUAUUAAAGUAGUUCUAAUAAUUUUUUUUCAGCGCCAUGUAGCGAGGUAAAAAAUUUCUGUAAUGAGGUCGAUUUUUUUUCAUCAAAAAAAGUAUUCUUUUUAGAAUAUUUCAUACCAAAAAAAUGCUUGAUUUUUUUCAGGGAAUCGUCGAUCCGUAUCCGCCCCUCUGUGACGUCAAAGGCUCCUACACGGCCCAAUGGGAGCACACUCUUCUGUUGCGUCCGACGUGCAAAGAAGUCGUUUCUCGAGGAGACGAUUAUUAA